AACUGCUCCAUGCAUACUCUCGGCGACGCUAUAGCCUACAGUAAACAGGGGUAGACUGCAUUACUUGAUAUUGGCCGGAAAUUAAACGUUAUGAUGACACUUUGAGGACGUUUGGUUCCAUAUUGCAAUCUGCAUAGUUGGGUUUUUAGCAAAGAAACGGUUUGAUUCAGCCACCAGGCAGAAUCAGGACGGGCUUAUUUCAGUGUCCAGUUGAGAAUGUUAACUUCCAGCCCUGCACCCGAGUGACUUAUUCCAUCCCAGAGUUGUAAAGUGAGAAGGGACGGCUGUUUAAAUGUGAUUGCAUGUCUCUACGGUAUAGCUAGACUACCCAAGGAGGAAGAAAAAUUAACGUUUUUAUUGCACUCGGUCUCUCCCGCUGACGGAACUGAACCAUGCAGCAUCCCUUGGACUUGGGGGCUCACUACUAUCUUCCGGAGGCUUACAACGACCACCGCUCCCACUCACAUCGCUACCGGAGCUUCAUGAUCGAAGAGAUUCUGACCGACCACCCGGACCAUAAGGUGUCUACCCCGGCAGGGGAGCUGCUCAAGUUCGGAGUACAAGCUCUGUUAUCGGCACGGCCAUACCACAACCACCUGGUUUUGAAGGCCGACCAGUCGGGUAUCCUGAAGUUCCCCAUGUCGCCACUCUCUUGUUCACUUGGAUCACCGUUAGGCUCUGCUCUCCUAUCUGGGGCUCCAGGCCUGCAACACGGCUCAGCCUCCCACCACCUCCCGCUGGACAUCCACCUCCGAAGCAAACUGGAGCACCUCGGCGACGGCAGCAGCAAGACCAAAAAGGGCCGACGGAGCAGGACAGUCUUCACUGAGCUACAGCUCAUGGGCCUGGAGAAGAGAUUUGAGAAACAAAAGUACCUUUCAACACCUGACAGAAUAGAUCUUGCUGAGUGUCUGGAUCUGAGUCAACUACAAGUCAAGACCUGGUACCAGAACAGGAGAAUGAAAUGGAAGAAAAUAGUCCUACAAGGAGGAGGAUUGGAAUCUCCAACCAAACCAAAAGGCCGUCCUAAGAAGAAUUCCAUCCCGUCGAGCGAGCAGCUUUCGGAGCAUGAGAGGUCUCGAGACGUCGACCGUAAAUCGGACUGUUCCACCUCGCCACUUUCAGGCACUAACCAAGAGGAAUAAUAACGUUGGUGCUCCGAGCCUCCGACUAACUGACAACGAACUAUCUGACGAUGUUCUCCUGACAUACAGCCUCUGGGAUGCGUAAUGUUGCAUGCAUGGUCGACCGUUGGAUCUAAGUGCCUUGACCUUGACGUGGAUAUGUUGGAACUUAGAGAGCGACUCAUGUUCGCCUUCCGUAUGAGAGGCGGAACAUGAUUUUUUACUACUAAUCUCGCUCAUCCUGGGACGAUGUUACUUUUUGUAUGCUAUAUUACAUCUUCUUUCAUCAUCAAUGUGUUCUCAAUACCUACUAUGUGCGUCCCUCCGCGUCACGACAAACUGUUACUGCUGUGGAGCGGUAGAGAGAGGAGGAAGGAGAGAGGGGACAGAGAAACAUCCAUCGACCAGUAGGUACUGUUUCAUUGCCUCCAUUCGAAGGACACACUUUACACACAGGUAUUCUGUUCUCCUUUUGUUUGUUUAGCAUAUUUACAUGUUUUAUUCGGUUUUUAUUACAAAUAUAUUUUUGGAUGUAAUUAAAUAUUUUUUCACUUACA